AUGGGAACAAAAAGUGGAUUAAUUUAUUUGUUCACUGCAGUUUUGCUGCUAAAUUCAGCGUACAAUCAUCAACACGUUCGAACACAAGCACAGUUUUCGCGGAAAAAAGAAAAUUUAAGUUUUUCUUUUUUACUUUCAACUAUUUACACGAGAAAGCGAGUGGAUGAUGAUGAUGAUGAUGAUGAUAAAUUAUGUUACUUAGAGUAA